AUGAAUGUUAUUGACAAUUUAGUAAUUAAUCAAAGUGCUAGAAUAAGCAAUCAAAAACAAUGUCAUGAAUGUGGUAAAACUGAAAUUGAAAAUUCUAAGCGUAAAUGUCCUCAAUGUCAUGCGAAACUUCCUACACUUGCUGAAACUCAACAAGAAAAAGAACAAACCAUAUCCGAUAAGAAAGACAAGAAAGAUUUAAAUAAGCCAUUAAUUUUUAGACCCUAUCAACCCAAUACAAGUAUAUCAGAUAAAUCUACAAGUUCAAUAA